UAAUAAUAAUAAUAAUAAUAAUAAUAAUAAUAAUAAUAAUAACCCUAUAAUAACUGUUUAUUGCCCGAGCUUGUGAGGGCAAUAUGUGACAGAGAGCAAUAUUCUAAGGUAUUGCACGAAGUAAACAGUUAUGACAAGGAUUAUUAUCCGGGUACUGUAUUUUAUGAUAAAAAAUAUAACAUUAUAAGCAGGACGUAGAAACCAUGUCUUUAUAGAAACUAUUCCCAUAUGGAACAUACGUUCGAACCACCAAUAUGUUUUUUUUAAAAUCGAAUAUCGUGUAAACAUCACAUUUUUUUGUUGUAGCUGCAACAUAGAAUUCUUGAAAACAUAAAAUAAGUUUCACUUAUUUUUCGCGUUUUGUUUACUUUUUUCCGUGUUAAUGCUACCAUAUUUAAGCUUUAAACAUGGUUGCUAUGGUAGCGGGCAAUACCGUGGAAUAUUGCCCGCUAUGACAUAAGCUCUAACCAAUCACAUUACGCGAUAUUCAGAAAUAUUGGAUGCCGCCCUUUUACCCAGGUAAUAAGGGGUAAUACUAAACGGUGCAAUCACAACCCUAAACCAGCCCAAGACCCCAAUUAGCCCCAUGACCCUAACUACCCCUAAAUAACCCUUAAUUAGCCACCCAGUGACCUCCAAUCAUUUUCAAUACCUCCUUUAAAAAGUUACACAAUCAAUGAUCAUAACUAGUCCUAGAGUGAUUUUUUUCCUGAUGGAAACCGGUCUUUGACAGCAAUAAAUGAAUAAAAAGACUGUAUAAAACGAGGAAAGAUGUGAAAGGCACUAUUAACUCUUAUCAGGCCUAUCAAUAAGGGGAAAGGGAUUACUCUUGCUCACGCAAAGUCUCGUCCUAUUCUAAAAAACAAGAAACUAGCUGAGCCAUAAAUUGCUCCCCCAAUAUACCUUUAUAAUAAUUUGGGAAAACUAACAUUAAGAGUUAGUGUUAGUUAAACUAAGAGCUUAUUAAGAAGAUUUCAUAUAGCUUUUCUUGCCGCAUUUUGUUUUUAAUGAAAAGUACAAGUUGUAUUUUAUUAUUAUUAACGUUUCCUGAAAAUUUGAAAGAAAUUGAUACAAAGGAAGUUAAAAAAAUUAAGAAAACACACUUUCCUCUCUAACAAACUCUUAUAAAAAACAUAUUUUUUACAUCCUUUCUUCCGAUAUUGUAAACGAUGGAGAGCCAUAGGAACGCAUGUACAAUUGAAGUAUCAUAAAGGUGUAUUUCACAAAAUUUUGUCUGGAUGAGCAAUAUCAAUUCAUCUCACAAGAAAAACAAUGUUAUCUUUUUUAUUAUUUGUAUUAAAAAAACUACAAUAUAUAAAAAGACAAGAUAAAAUAGAUAAAAAAGAUUUUAUAAUAAAAUAUUCAUUUAUAAACUUAUUCUAUUUAUUCAGAUUGCUCGCCCAGUCUAACUUUGGGGGAGCGACUUAUUGCUUGAUGUUGUUUUCUUAUUGAUAGGCUUGUUUUAUAUUUGUUUAAUUAUUGUAAAAAUGUUAAUAUUGAAUUCGUUUCAUAAAAGCGGAAAAUGGGAAUAAUGUAAAUAUCAGUUUUUUUCAGAUUCAGAUUUCCGUCUUGGUCGGACAAUUUUAGAUCUCAGAAUUAUUUAAUAGUGCUAGUCCUUUUAAUCCACGAGCAAGCCUAUUCAUAGCCAACCUGACCAUCCUAGCUAAUUCACCGACUCCUGUAAAAUGACUCAAGAUAUUGAAGAUUCUGAUGACCUGCUGGCAUAUGAAAAUGAAAUUUACAAUGAAGACCACUCCAAUGAAAGUGACGACAACAGUGAUAUAGAAGAUAUUUUAUAUGGACAAGCACAUUAUGCUUUGCACUUAAAUACUGAUGCCAAGGUGAGCACUGAUGAUGAUGCGAACAAAUCUGAAGCAAACGAAACUUUUCCAGAAUUACUUAUACCUGAUACAACCAAUAUUAUUUUGGGUACUGAUGUUGCUUUAACAAAAACGAAAAAACUUCAAGCUGUCAUAGGUGAGGAUGGUGAACAAUGGGAUGUUGAUGAUGCUGAUUUACAUCUACCAUCUGGUCGUCGAAAAUCCGCUCCACGUUAUUAUGUUGGAGAAAAGCUACCUAACAUUUAUUGCUACAAUUGCAACAAGAAAGGUCAUCUAGGUAGAGAUUGUAAUGACGUCAAGAAAAAGCCAACCUGUUACCUUUGUGGACGAAUUGGUCAUUUGCGUCACGCAUGUCCGAAUGACAUCUGUUAUAAUUGUAUGGAUAUUGGUCAUAUAUCAAAAGAUUGUCCUGAACCACACGCAAAACCAUUUCACAAAAAGUAUUGUCAUCGAUGUGACACUCGCGGUCACGAUAAAAAGUCUUGCACAGAAAUCUGGAGACAAUACCAUGCAACUGUUAUUGAUCACACUGUAACCAUACCUGAACAACCCUACCGAGAAAAUAAAAGAAUAUUUUGUUACAACUGUGCAUCUAAAAAUCAUUUUGGUGAGGAAUGUGCUGAAGCAAGGUACUCAAAAAGACCAGUGUUUUCGCAGUUUGUUGUUAACUAUAAGAUAUGCGAAGACGUUAAACGAGAAGACUGCAAGAUAGACAAGGAGAAUUCUCAACACACCAAAAAGACAAAAACAAAAAUAGUCAAAGAGAGGGAAGUCAAAAAUAACAGCAACAAAAAUAAAACAAAGGAAAAAACCCACGACAAACCAAAUGUUAAAUUAAAAGAAAAAAAAACAUCUACAGAGAAAGAGAGUGCUCCGGAGGAUAGUGAAUUGCCUAAAACAAAGAAGAGUUCUUCAAAGACUAGUAAGAAAGGAAAAAAGGAAAAAAAUCCGAAAAACUUUUCUUAUGAAGAGGACUCUACGAAAGACAGUAGUUUAAAAAAGGAAAAGAAAAGCAACAAGUUAAAAAACGAGACUAGUUUGAAAGAAAAGUCUGUAAAAAAUAAAAGAAAGUCAGAAAACGCAUUACAUAAAGAUGAAAAUGAACAUGACGAAAUGAAUUUAGUAGUUGUUGAUGAGUGGGAGGUUUCAAAAGCAGAAAAAAAUAAAAACGAAUUAGACUCAAACAGUAGUAAGCGAGGUAAAACGCUUAAACCAAUCAAAAACUUUAUUCAUACUAUAAAAGAAAAAACUGGUCUAAAGAGAAAAGUUAACUGGUCCAUGUUGAAUGAAUUAAAUAUAAAUGAAGACGAAGAGAAUGGAAAUAAAAGAAAAAAGAAGAAAGUUGAAUUAGAAAAAAAGAACACAACAAAUAAUAAAGGUCUUAUUUCCUUAUCCAGUGAAAAAACAUCAACAGAAAAAAACAUCACAAAAACUGUAACUGCAACCGACACAUCAAGUCAAAGUAAUGACGUAACAUCGAGUCAAAGUAAUCACGUAACAUCGAGUCAAAGUAAUGACGUAACAGCGAAAAGUGAUUUUGUUAAUAAUCUUGAUUAUAUACCUUUUGUAUUUUCUUCGGCGAGUGUGAAAACAAUAGUAAAAAAUUAUGAAGCUGAAAAGACAAAAUAUAAGAAAAAUUCAAUAAAAUUAAAAAAAAAGAAAAAGAGUAAGAAACCAACACGAGAAUAUGAUCUGGAUUAUGUUGCAUUAAAUAAUCUUCAGCGUAUACUCAGCGACUCAGAAGACGAACAUUGUGAUCCGCAAACAAAGUUGGCCAGUUUACGUUCAUCUCCAGAUAUUAACAUCAAUAGCUUUGAUGAUUUUGAUCAUGAAAACGAUGUUGCAGUAGAAUUGGAACCUAAAUUGGAACCUAGUGAUGCGAGGAAUUUGAUUAAUCAAGAACGGAUUAAUCACAAUCAAAAAUAUGAUUAUACACGCUACGAUCCAAAUUCCAUCGAGCAAGAAGGUUUGUCUGUGUAUGGUAUUAUCAGCGCGACACGCCCACCACCCCGUAAAGCGACGCAUAAAUAUAACAGAGAGGAGGAUAUGUUAGCUGGUAAUGAUGUCAGAUUGGUGCAAGUUAUUGGGAAAAAAACAUGGAAUCGAAAUGAAAAAAAGAACCUAAGAUCAGCUGCUACGCUGGAAAGAAGAAAAAAACGAAAUAUGAAAAGAAAGGAAACUAAACUGAAGAAAAGAGAUCAAUUUUGGGAAAAUGGGGUCAAAAACAAAAACAAUCAUCACAAAGUUAACAAAAAGUAUAAAUUUCAGAAAUCUUUAACUACGAUUCCAGAUCGAGGCUUCAAAUUAAAUCAUACAGAUUGGUUUUGAAGUUACCAUUCCUGUGUUUUAACUGAUAUAAAAUGUAUUUAUUUCUAAGUCAUUUAAUUCGUAAAUUUUUGCCAUGGCUUGUAAUUCUGGCGAUAAACCUGACUUUUACGGCAAAAGGAGUCAUCUUCUCGGCGCUUACUAAGCCAACUCCAAGCUAACGUAUGUCUUAUUCAAAACAUUUUUUCGAAAAUUGGCGAGCUUUUAGGAACUCAUCUCUUUACGCUUCUUUGCUAAAAUAAUGCUAUAUUAAUGUUAAUGAGAAAUACGUUUGCAUUACAGCUUUAGGAAAAGGUUCAUCGAUGCGUGACUACUGCUAAGGGGUGCUGUAUUGUGAACUGAUGUUUUGAAGUGACGAAAAACACAAGUUACUGGGUUAGAACAAAACAUUCGCAAAAUGCUUGGAUUUUAAUUUCACGUGUGCAAAAAAAUCAUGUAAUGCAUAAGACAAACUCUCGCCAAUAAAGAAGUAUAAAAAAAAUCCUUUUUCUUUUAAAACGUAAUGCGACCAUUUGAGAAACUGUAGGAAAUAAACUGUCGUGAAUGUGAAAUAUUUAACAAGAAGAAAUCUCAACGAAUAAUGUUUUUCAAAAUUUCUAUUAGCAUAAACGCGAAUAUUUGUGUCCGCGGAAAUUAUACCCUUAAAUUGGUAUACGGAGCGGUAGAAAAUAUUAUUUAAAUUUUUGAAGCCCGCUUAGAAUAAAUUUUGAGAAUAUGUAUUUUUGAAUUUUUAAUCUUUAUAAAAAUAAUUUCGACUUUAUAAAAUGAA